AUGAUCGGCAUUGCAGCAGUGGUUUAACCGGUUUUGUUGAGCUAAAGCCUACGCAUUAAUGCUUCUAGACUGCAGGGGCUGGCUUGCUGCAGUUCUGUAGGUUCCAGAAGUUCGGGUGGCCGCCAAUAUUACAUCAUCGGUCACAACACCGACUGGGCUCCCUCACCACCUCAUGGACAGGCAUCAUAAAUACUUGAAAACAGGUUAAUUGACCGACCAGCCGCACAGUAAAGUCACUACCUGCAAACGCAAAUAGUGGCCAUUCUGUCAGAGCCUUGUCCUCCCCUUAUUUAAUAAGAGAAGCGCCCUCUCAUUCAUUGUCUUGGCUCGCCCAGUCUUCGUCUCGGAAUUUCAAGCAGUGACAUACAUUCUCGUUUGUGGAGUGGUCUUGUCUUUGAUCAUACAGUACUCCCGCCUCUGCCAAGCUCGUCGCUUCAGCCAUAUUAACAAGGCCAACGACCUCGUCCGCGGUCGCGCAACGACUUCUUUAAGCCAAGUGCUGCUCCUACUAUAAAACAUGGCAUCACUUGUCGCAAAGCUAGUCACCAAGAAGAUCUUGGGAGAGACUGUCCAGAACAAAUUUGGAACUGAGGAUCCCUACUUUGAGCAUGUCCCAGCUACUCGCCUAGAUGGGACGCCUACUGGCAAAGUUAAAAAGCGAAAGAAGGCUCUCCCUCCUGGCAUUUCCGAAAAUGAUGGCAAAGUCUUGACCAAAGUCAAGCGCCGAGCUUACCGUCUCGACCUGGCUCUGUUCAGUUGCUGCGGCAUCCGAUUUGGCUGGGGUAGCGUUUUGGGAUUGAUCCCAGCAAUUGGUGACGUUUUGGAUAUGUUGCUUGCCCUUUUGGUUAUGAGGAGCUGCAUGAAGAUUGAUGGUGGGCUGCCAACCUCUGUCAAGUCCAGGAUGAUGUUCAACAUCAUCAUAGACUUCGUCAUUGGAAUUGUGCCCUUUGCUGGAGACAUUGCCGACGCGGCCUUCAAGGCCAAUACUCGCAAUGCUGCACUUCUUGAGCAACACUUGCGCGAGGAAGGACGUAAGAACCUGAAGAAGAGCGGAUUGCCAGUGCCAGCCAUUGACCCCAGCGAUCCUGAACAAUUUGAUCGACUUCAAGCACAGGAUCCACCAGAGUAUGUGUCAAACCCACCAUCGCGAAAUCCCUCCAUGUCGGAGCGUCAUCGACACAGCCGCAGUCGCAGUCGCAGCCGAGAUCGCCGCCGUGAUGAUCGUCCCAUCGAGCCGGAACCGGCACGAGUCCGCGAGAGCCGCGGCUUCUUUGGUCGUAGCAGAGCUCAACCACAUGAUAUUGAAACAGGUGAAGCUGAGCGUGGGUCCAGAAGUCAAAGAUCACAGCGACGAGAUAGAGACCGUCGCUAAAAUCGGCAACUCGGAUCUACGUGGGCGGCGAGGGAAAUGAAGUGAAGGAGAAUGGACCGACUACACUGACGGAAGGGCGGGCCCUUGUGAGUCAGGAUUAUUAUGACGAUGGGGUGAGGAUAUCUGGUAAUGCUGGUAUGAUUGGAGGAUGGAGACGUGUUUCAUUGUUAUGUUGUCUAUGAAUGAUGCUCAGUAUGGAUACCUUACAUUGGCUUACUGUACCUUACGAAUCUAUAAGGUAAUGUGCCAUGACACUCACUGAUUGAUAAAGUGGGUGUAGCCGCGUGUGGGUCGUAACCCUCGAAUUAAAUUGGAGAAUAAGAUCUGAUAACUUCACUUGGCAUUUUCAUCGACCAAGCAACUAACUGGCCCAAGUGGAACCGUGACAUUGAGAGAUGAACAAUGAUAUCGAAGCCUCCGAUCUAGGACUCUAAAGGGGCUUCAAUUUGAAUGCGGUCUCACCUUGGCCUGGUCCAAGCUGAUCUGAAUUUAGGUGAACCUUUAGGAACUGCGGGCACCGGACAGCAAAAGGGAGCUCGUAGGAGGUGAAGCGUACCAUCUAUCCCCAGGCCCAUCACGUCAGAUUCAGGGCCCAGGCCGGAACGCGGUGUAACCCCAGGAACGCGUUUCUCACUCUGGGAGUGAAGUUGAGUUAUGGGGAACGUUCGUAGCUGUUCAAUGGCGCUUGUUGCAGCUGCAGAAAAGGUUCAAUGGCCGUCAUUUCCGCAUGAAUCUGGUCUCAGUGCACGGGAGGACCUCAUCAUGACUUCUCCCACCAUGUAUACAUACCUACAUGCCUUGGUCUCAUGAGUUCUAUCCCGCCUCGUACCACUAUCAUGCCCUGGUCACAGCCCAUUUCGCAUACAUCGACCCAACGACGUGAACAAGGGAGGCCACCUCAUGGAUGGAUCUUCACGCCAAAAUGUGCUGAUUGAUAAAAGAUGCCCAUGACGUUAAUCCUGACAAAGUCUGAAUCAUCACUCCCUGCGACAAAGCAGGUACCGUGCAAGGACAGUGGAGCAAUAGAGAGAAACACGAAGCAUACCAAACAAGAACGUGAAUCUGCCUAAAACGCGAAUCUACGCGUCUCACUUGCUUGAUUCAUCCUGGUGGCUGGAUAUUCUUACGGUACCAGCUCCAGCACUAGCGCCUUGGAUGCUGCCAGUAGCA